UCUUCGUUCAUUUUCCUUGUCGUGAUUCGACCUUUGGUCGCUGGUACACGCCUCUUUGUCGUCGGUGACGUGUUACUCCCGACGGCAUGACAUCCUCUAUGUACUUUUCCCGAGGCAAUGGCUUCGCGGAGAAGUCACAUCUUGGUAACGGAUUGCCCACACAUAGCUCAGCUGUCCUCGAGAAACGACACCGACAUGGCCACAGUAUCUCAUGGCUAAACCCUGUAUCCCUCCCUAUCCCUGGCGUACGGACGCGAAGACUCCGACUCAUGAUCCCGAACAUUUCGCGCAUGUACCAGGGCAGCCAGGCCAGGUUCGGCAGGAGACGAGGGCCAUUUAUGCUCUUGCUUGCGCUCUUUACAUCCGUGUAUCUCAUGGUCGCUGUGAAUCGCCGCUUCAGUGGCAACGGCGUCUCGUGGGUGGACACUCUAUCGUUCCCCGACCCGUCAACACUCGUCUACCGACGCGAGGACAUCCAGCGGAUAUGGGAGUGGGAGAUUGCUGCGGGACAUUAUCCUAGUGGACGGCGGAUACCUGAACAGGUCGGCCUUUUGAACCCGCCUCGAAACCCCGCGCUUUCUGCGCGUGGCGCGCUAUCAUUGCCACCCCGCUUUAGAGGACCGAUUUCCACCGACACGCUUGGGAUAGGCCCUAAGCGCGUUUACCCGGACAUCCAUCGUCAAUUCCCAAAUGUUGCGUAUCCUCCUCGCCCCAUUCCUGGUAGCGUGGCAGAUAUGGACGCCAUCAUGGACCACUGUGAUUUUUCGACUGGCAAGUAUGUUCGUGACUGCCUAGAGGUUCUACGACUCGGAGCUGGACUCGAGAACGGGGCACGAGUCAGGCGAGGCAAGAUGGAGGAGUGGAAGUACAUCUACGUCGAAGACAGCGCGGUUCACAACGACGCGGACACUUCUGCGUUCGCUAAGCCAGCUUUCGUGCUGAAAGCGCAGGCCGAGCGGGAUCUCAGCUAUGACCUUCCGAAGAAGCGCGGCGCGGAAUGGGAACCACAUCUCUCGCUACCAACGCCGCCUCAGUACACCCCGUACAAGGACCUGUCGAAUGUUUGCGACGAUGAGAAUCCGCGUCUCUACCACAUGUUCUGGACGGGACCAUUUACGGACAAGCCGUAUCUCGCACUCCUAUCGUUCUUGUUCACUCAGAAUCUCGGUCUUCACCUCGACGACCACCACCAAGACCCUAACGUAUGCCGACCGCAGUUCUGGCUUUGGAUUAAUCCAGGACCAGCUGCGUCCGUGCCCAACCCCUCUGCUGUGCGCGACAUGUACGAUCAGCUCAAGUCUAACCCAUGGGCGUCUCCGUUCCUGCACCCGAAAUUCAAGGACGUCAUUCAGUUCAAGUUGUGGAACACCACUGAGCAGCUUGACGGUAUCCCGGAGUUGAAGAAUGAGUGGCGCGCAAUGCGCGAUAACUUAUUCAACUCUGGUGGCUACGUCGAGAAAAUUCCGCAGCCGGUGGAUGAAGAGGAAGAGGAAACGGAGCCCGUAGAAGCUGAGGUUACUGGCGAGGAUGGUGUCAUGGCCCCUGCGCCUGCCCCUACGAAGAAGCACAAGGAUGAAGAUGAUAAGGUCAACCGUGUUGGUUCGAAGUCACCCUCGUCAUACGACCGACUUUCCGUCAUUCUCUCGGACAUGGCGCGUUUCGUCCUUUGUCAUCGUUUUGGCGGCAUCUAUCUUGAUGCGGACACCAUCCUGCUGCGAGACUGGGAAGAGCUCUGGGGCUGGCGCGGGGCGUUUGCGUACCGGUGGUCGCGUCUUGAGAAGUACAACACCGCAGUUCUGCGCAUGAACAAGAACUCUACUCUCGGGACGUUCUUGUUCAGGACCGCCCUGAAGAAUGGCCUUGACUUCCAUCCCAUGAGUAUUUCGAAGUAUACCAAGGACGCGUACCUCGAAGGCCUUCUGCUCCGCCUGCCCGACGCGCUGUUCGACUCAGCGUGGCUUAACACCGAGUCAUACCAAAGGGACAAGCCGCCCCAGCCGUACUUCACAGAGUUCCAGGACUUCUUCGAAACACCUCUACAGUCUAGCGCUGCACCACAAGCGCUUGGCUUUGAUGGCUUCUUUAAGGGGGCAUACUCCUACCACUUCCACAACUUCUGGUGGAGGCCAUUCGACCCGUCACGCAAUUAUCCUGAUCUGGGCUCCCGCUUCGCGGCGGGAGAGCGCAUAGCCCGACAGCAGCUCGCAGAGAGCACUUCGACGAAGCUGCCCGACCCUGAGACUGAGACCGUGCUAGACGACAAACGGGACCUCGACUGGGCCACAGUACUCAAGCGCACGUUCGAAGCCUACAUCCGCGGCGAGCGGCCCAAUAUGUACGGCGAGUGGAUCGAGUGGUAGCCCGCCCCUGCCUUUUUCGCUCCGGCUGCUGGUACUUUCGGCCGGACAAUUCUCUUGGUGUGCAGACGACUGUAUGAAAUGCUUCCCGCUACUAGAGGUGUAAGCCUUGUCGUAAUAUCCUCCCUUCCCUGCCUCCACGUUCAAACUCGCGCACUAACUACCAUUAUCGACUCGAGGGCGAAAGUUGUUGGAUUGUUUCAUCGUGCGCUGCCAGGCGGUGUUUCCUGCGCCGCGCUAUCCUUCCCUUGGUACCAAUAACAAAUAUUUCUCGGACGUAUAUCUGUGCACCUCUACUGUACAUCAUACAAAAAUAAUAACUGUCCUUCGCUUUGUU